AUGGCCGAUGCAGGAUUCUUUAAAGGCACUUCAGCCGACCAAGACAGGCGCUUCACCGACAAGGAUGCGAAAUUACUCAAGACACUGAAAUUUCCGCCCGAAUUCGACCGCAAGGUCGACAUGCGCAAAGUCAACCUCGACGUCCUGCGGCCCUGGGUCGCACGCAAAGUCGUCGAGCUCUUAGGAGACGAAGACGAACUUGUUGUGGAGUAUGCUCUGGGUUAUCUUGAGGAGCCCACGGUUGACCCGCGCAAGAUGCAAAUAUACUUGACAGGCUUUAUGACGAGCCAAACGCCGACAUUCAUGUUGUCGCUCUGGAAGUUACUUCUCGAGGCUCAAGAGUCUCCUGCCGGUGUCCCCCAGACACUAGUCGAGGAAAAGAAGGCGGAAAUGCGUGCUGCUCGUGCUGGCGAUACUCGGGCCCUUGAAGAACGUGACCGUCGGCAACGAUUGGACGACAUACGCGACCGAGAACGUGGCGAGCGUGGGGACCGUGGAGGUCGCGGACGAGGGCGUGGUCGUGGUCGAGGCCGAGGAGGGUAUGGCGGCUGGGACGACCGUGGACCGGGUGGUGGCGGCGACAAUAGGCAGCGCGACUCUGGUUGGGGCGGUCGUGGGGGCGGGCGCCCUCGCCGUCGGUUCGACUCUCGUUCGCCCUCACCUCCUCGCAGGCGGAGUCGUACGCGCUCGUCCGACAGGUCAUCGCGGUCUCGGACCCCUCCACGCAGGCGUUCACCCAGCCCUGCGCAGAGGAAACGUGACCGUUCGCCCCCUCCACGGAGGCGGGAUAGCCGUUCCCCUCCGCCCAGGCGACGUGAUAGCCGUUCUCCACCACCCAGGCGCAGGGACAGCCGUUCUCCGCCUCCUCGUAGGCGAGGCAGUCGCUCGCCUCCCCCUCGUAGGAGAGACGACCGCUCACCGCCGCCAAGACGUCGUUGGGGGAGUCGCAGCCCAAGCCCACCACCAAGAAAACGUGGUGGUGGUCGCUCACCGUCGCCUCCCCGUCGCGGCGGCGGCGGCCGUUCGAAGUCGCCUGAUUAUCGCCGAGGUGGCAGGUCCUCGACUCCGCCUCGCCGCGGAGGUCGUUCCCCGUCCGGUUCACGGUCCCCGCCUCCCAAGCGUCGCAGGCGUGGCAGCGAUGUUUCGAUGCGUUCUUCGCCUUCGCGGUCUUCUCCACCUGCUGGAAUCAAGAUCAAGGGCCAGGCUCGAGUCGCUCAGGAGGAGGACGGCCGAGCACGGCCUGAUGGUGCUGACGGGAAGGACCGAGAAGAACUUGAAAGGCGCGAGAGUGAACUGCGCGAGCGUGCACUGAGGAACAAGGUCGCAAAGUCCCGCAAGCCAAGCUCUGGCGACGCUUGA